AUGGAUGUUUUAUCCCUUCUGGAUAUCCUUAAUAAGACUUUCCAGAAGUCUGAUUGUGACUUACAAACAUCACUUAGCAUACUGAAAUCCAUUAGAGAAAACCUAGAUGAUCUGCAUCAGAAGUACGCCAUAGAGAGCAUCACACAUCUCAUUUAUCCUGAAUGCGCUGCUACGACAGUGAUUGAACACGGCGUUGGUAGUAAAAGAAAAAGAACCAUCCCAGAUAAGUUUCAGGACUCGGUCUUGACAGAUAAGCUUCCAAUAUAUCGGGAUAUGAACAACAACUUGGAACAAUUACGUGCAUUAGCAGUUGAGGUACUUGACAAUCUUGAUGCUGAAUUUGAUAACCGUUUCAGUGAGUUCAAUACAGAACUGUGCUUGUCCUUUGCAACGUUGGAACCAUCCAAAGCCCCGUUUCUUGAUGCUAAUAAACUUAGACCUCUCCUGGACUUUAUCAAAACUAUUCCAGUAAUAAGUCAGAAAGUUGAAGAUCUCUCUUUUCAUAAACUGAAAAGUGAAUGUGACGUAUUUCGUAGUGUAAUACAGGAUUUCAAUGCCAGACAAGAUAGUUUGGCUGAGCUUGAAUUCCAGAAGAAGAAAGUCGAGAAUGAUGCAAAAAGUAAGAAGACUGUAAAGCCAAACGUGAACAAAAUGACAUGGACAACACUGCAUGGUGCUGAAAUUUUGCAGCAAAUGUAUUUGGUUGCUGUAACUGCUGGGUAUUCCAGCUCGGUUGUAGAAUGUGUUUUUUCUGCCCUGAAUUGA